GCUCCCGGGCGCUGACUCCCCCGGCUUCUCCGCCCUCCUUACCUCCAGCUGGCGCCGGGCGGCUCGUCCGCGUGGCCCUGGACCCCACCGGGAACCGGUCCUCUCGCCCUGGCCGCCUCGCGGACAAUAAAUUAAUGCCUCGCGCUUGAGGGGAGGGGGCGGCUCGGCGCCUUGGUCGCAGCUUUCUCUCCUGGCUGGAGACGGCCACAGCCGACAUGGGCUGCUUCUGCGCUGUUCCGGAAGAAUUUUACUGCGAAGUUUUGCUUCUGAAUGAAUCCAAGUUAACCCUCACCACCCAGCAGCAGGGCAUCAAGAAGUCAACGAAAGGUUCUGUUGUCCUUGACCACGUAUUCCGUCACAUAAACCUUGUGGAGAUAGAUUAUUUUGGGCUGCGUUACUGUGACAGAAGCCAUCAGACAUAUUGGCUGGAUCCUGCAAAAACCCUUGCCGAACACAAAGAACUGAUCAACACUGGACCUCCAUAUACUUUGUAUUUUGGUAUUAAAUUCUAUGCUGAAGAUCCAUGUAAGCUUAAAGAAGAAAUAACCAGAUACCAGUUUUUCUUGCAGGUGAAGCAAGAUGUCCUUCAGGGCCGGCUGCCUUGCCCUGUCAACAUUGCUGCUCAGCUGGGAGCAUAUGCCAUCCAGUCUGAGCUUGGAGAUUACGACCCAUAUAAGCAUACUGCAGGCUAUGUGUCAGAGUACCGGUUUGUUCCUGAUCAGAAGGAGGAACUCGAGGAAGCCAUAGAAAGGAUUCAUAAAACUUUAAUGGGUCAGGCUCCUUCUGAAGCGGAGCUGAAUUACUUGAGGACUGCCAAAUCCCUGGAGAUGUAUGGCGUUGACCUCCAUCCUGUCUAUGGGGAAAACAAAUCUGAGUAUUUCUUAGGAUUAACUCCAGUUGGUGUUGUUGUCUACAAGAAUAAAAAGCAAGUGGGGAAGUAUUUCUGGCCACGGAUUACAAAGGUUCAUUUCAAGGAGACACAGUUUGAACUCAGAGUGCUGGGAAAAGAUUGCAAUGAAACCUCAUUCUUUUUUGAAGCUCGAAGUAAGACUGCUUGCAAGCAUCUUUGGAAGUGCAGUGUAGAACAUCAUACAUUUUUUAGAAUGCCAGAAAAUGAAUCAAAUUCAUUGUCAAGAAAACUCAGCAAGUUUGGAUCCAUGAGUUCUAAGCACCGGUAUAGUGGCAGGACAGCAUUGCAAAUGAGUCGAGAUCUUUCUAUUCAGCUUCCUCGGCCAGAUCAGAAUGUGGCAAGAAGUCGAAGCAAGACUUACCCAAAGAGAAUAGCACAAACACAGCCAGCUGGAUCAAACAGCAUAAAUCGGGUAACAGCAAACGUGGAAAAUGGAGAAAAUGAAGGAACGACUAAAAUUAUUGCACCUUCACCAAUAAAAAGCUUUAAGAAAGUAAAGAAUGAAAAUAGCCCUGAUACGCAAAGAAGCAAAUCUCACGCACCAUGGGAAGAAAACGGCCCCCAGAGUGGACUCUACAACUCUCCCAAUGACCGCGUGAAAUCCCCGAAGUUCCCUUACACGCGCCACCGAAACCCCUCCUGUGGGAGCGAUGACUCCGUACAGCCAACGAGGAGGAGGAAAGCCCAUAACAGUGGUGAAGACUCAGAUCUAAAGCAAAGGAGGAGGUCACGCUCACGCUGUAACACGAGCAGUGGGAGUGAAUCAGAAAAUUCUAAUAGAGAACACCGGAAAAAGAGAAACAGAAUACGGCAGGAGAAUGAUAUGGUUGAUUCAGCGCCUCAGUGGGAAGCUGUAUUAAGGAGACAAAAGGAAAAAAAUCAGGCAGACCCCAACAACAGACGAUCCAGACAUAGAUCUCGCUCGAGGAGCCCUGAUAUCCAAGCAAAAGAAGAGUUAUGGAAGCAUAUUCAAAAGGAACUUGUGGAUCCUUCUGGAUUGUCUGAAGAACAAUUAAAAGAGAUUCCAUAUACUAAAGUAGAGACUCAAGGUGACCCAGUCCGCAUCAGGCAUUCCCAUUCGCCGCGAAGUUACCGCCAGUAUCGCCGGUCCCAGUGUUCAGAUGGAGAGCGAUCUGUUCUCUCGGAGGUGAAUUCAAAAACGGAUCUUGUACCUCCACUCCCUGUGACCCGUUCUUCAGAUGCUCAGGGUUCUGGUGGCUCCACGGUUCAUCAGAGAAGAAAUGGAUCUAAAGAUAGCCUGAUUGAAGAAAAAUCUCAGACAUCUACAAGCAAUCUAGCUGGAAAACACACGGCAAAAACAGUCAAAACUGUCCAAGCUUCACGCCUCAAGAUAGAGACUUGACGAUGCCCGGGAAGA